GAAAAAUGUCAUUCUCAGAAUGAGACACUGAGCAGCGUUUGUCUGCUGUGAGAAGUAAAAGGACAUCUGCUAAAAGAAGACUUUCGACUCACCAGUGGAAAUUCAAAAUGGUGAGGCUGCAGAGUCAGAACAUGUCGUCCAUCUUGUCGACGGUGUUGACGGAGGUCGGCUGGGAUACGCGCUUUGCGAUCCCUGAGCCCACGGCCGAGAACCGAGCCUUGAUCGAGGAGAUUGAAAGAAAACAGAAGCAGCUACUGCACCUGCAAAACAAACGUGAGAGGAAUAAGGAUCAGAAGAAACUCAUGCUUGAAUUUCUCAGGAAUCUAAGACAAGAGCUGGAAAACACCCAGGCGCUAUGUAAAGCAAAGGAGAGAGAGGUGGAGACUGAGAAGCACCUCACAUCUCUAGCAGAGAGGGAGCUUGGCCGCUUAACUCAGGAGAACAUCAAGAUGGAGAAUGAGCUGAAGACUCUGGCUGACAGCAAAAGCAUGUUGGAGAAUCAAAUCUUCAAUGCAGAGCAGAGGCUUGAGGACUUCAGGUUGCAAAUGGACUGGGACAAACAGACCCUGGAGGCUUUUUUGAAGGAUGAGUCUCAAAAGCACGAGGACAUGAUGGCCAUUGCCAAGUACGCCAAGGAAGACGAGAGCAGGAUCAAGUCUCUCACUCUGGCUAUAGAAAAGGCCACAGCAGAGGCGAGUGAGAAGCGAAGAGCCUUGGACAAGGAGAAGACAGAAUGCAUGUCCACACAGUUAACCCUGGACAAGACCACAGAGAGUCUGCAGCAGGAGCAUUUGGAGACGCAGCAGAUCAUCCAGCAGUGGGAAAACACCAUCCGACAGCUGAAGCAGCGAGACGAUGAGAUGCAGCAGUGCUCACUGAAACUUGCACAAGACAAUGAGAAGAUCAGGGAUAAGAGCGCCGUCAUCAACGAGAAGAAGUCGUUUCUGGACACACUGAGGCACACAAACAAGGACCUGGACAGGAAGAUAGUGAUCGCCAAACAACAAGCUGAGAAACUGCGGCGGGACUUGAAGGAUCUGGAGUCGGAUUACAACCGACUGCAGGACGAGGUGAACAGUCAAAAAAGCGCAUUGGACCGGGUCACCUCAGACGUGGAUUCCAUGAUGUCCAAAAUAACCAAAUUGAGAUCAGAUAUUGAGGAAAACAACAAGAAGCUGGAGCAGGCCAAACUGCUCAACAACAGUCUUGGAGAGAAGCUAAAAGACGUGAUGGAGUCGGCUCUCAGCGAGGAGGAGAGAGCCGCACAGCUGGAGCAGUUCCUGAAAAAUGAAGAAGAGAAUAUUAAGGCAUUAGAACUCCAGAUGCACAGCCAGAGGAAGGAGCUUGUUCGCCUGAAAGAACAAGUCAACAGUCUGAAGAGAAAAGAGAAGGACUCCCUCGCCCACAUCUCCAAGAGCAAGUUCACCAUCCACAGUCUGACCGCGCAGCUGAAGAAAAUGGAGAAGGAACUGAUAAGACAGCAAAUGAUCAUGAGUGAGCAGGACACCCAGAUCGCCUGUCUGGAGAGAAAGCUGGGUCGACUUCAGGGCGACGUUGAAUCAGAUGAAAAACAAGUGUUUGAGCAGAAGAUCGCUGAACUGGACCAGGUUUUGGAAGAGAAGCGCAAGACAGCCCUUAAUCUCAGCAAGACUUUGAAGGAAUCAGAGGACAGUAUUCGCUAUUUCAAGAAGGAGCUGGAGACGUCCGAAGCUCAAAAGAAAGACUUGGGUGAAAAACUGGCAGUGAUGACGGUGCAGCAGACCACGACUGAGAAGCUGCUGAAGAAACUCCGUCUCAAGAAGCAGGACAACAUGGUGGAGCACAACAUCCUGAAGAUGAAGGUCAAGCACAUGCGAGAUCUGCUGCACAACAAGGCAGACAGCGUGCUGUCUUUGGAGAAGAGGAAGCUGAGCCUGCAGAGAGCCAUGAAGGAGAGAAUCGAUGAGAUCCGGAUGCACCGAGAGACUCUCAACCAGCAGCUGAAGAUGUGUGAGAAGGACCGCCGGAAGGUCAGUGUGGAACUGAAUGAGAAGAUGGCCAAGAUUGAGUUGUUGAAGAACCGUUAUGAGCUGGUGACUCUGAAAAUGGGGCCUGCAGACGGCGAGGCGGAGAAGUCGCAAGCCUACUUCAUCACUAAGGCUGCUCAGGAGAAGGGCGAGCUGAAGAUCAAAGGAGACACUUUGGAUGCCAAAAUUCAAAAGAUGGAACUAGAAAACCGAGCUCUGGAGAACACAAAUCUGCUGUUUGACAGCAGUAACUCUGAGUAUCGGAAGACCCUCAACAAAGCCAAUGAAAGCAGUAAAGACUACCAAGUAAAGGUGAAGCUGGAGGAGCAGCUGAAGGUAGCGAAACAGCAGUCAGUGAAGAGCAAAAAGCAGGUCCAAGAGCUCCAGCUGCAGAUAGAGGAAAUACAGAGCACCAUUGAAGGUCUUGAAGAGGAGGAGCGAGUGGAGAAAAAGAAGAUGGAGGAAAAGCAGUUGCUUCUCACCAAACUGAAGAAAGAAAUCUCAUCCCAGGAGGAGAAGAUUGAACGAGCGAAGAAACAGUGCGCUAAACUCACCAAGGAGGUCCGCUCGGCCCAAAACACCAAAGAGGAGACGCUGGAGGAGAAGGACAUCAAGCUGAAGCAGCUGAAGGAGUUCAGCAAGAAUGUGGAGAAGAUGCUGUGUGGUGUGAUGGAGGAGAAUCCUGAGCUGCGCUCCGUGCUGGAGAAGUCCUUUGUGCAGGCUAACUUGCCACUUCCCGCUCCCGCUCCGUCCACCCUGUCCAGCCGAGGGUCCAAGAUCAACGUUGGCUCUUCUCUCAGCAGCCAAGCACCAAGUUGAAGAAGCCUCAAUUGAGGCCUUAAAACAAACGGGUUUGCAGUCCAGGGAGAGGGGAAGGAAAUCAAAAUCAUUUUUGAUCUCUGAAAAAUGGGUUUGUUUUAUUACAGUUUAUGUAAAAAUGUGCAAUAUUCAUCUUGUUUUUUCAACCUGUGAUUAGGGCCUGAUGUUGUUUAACUAUCUGUUGUGUGAA